GCCCCACACGGGUAACUUAUGAUUUGCGAUGCCUUUGCGCAAUGCGGUUACCUAGAAAUCCAGAGAGGAACAUCUUAUACAUGGUCCCUAGUACAAACAAUCGAGAAUGAAGGCCGGUUAUUUCAACAAUACAAAAAGGUCUCCAAGCUGCUUGCUUCUUCUGAAUCCUAGUAAAGGAGUAAUUUUUGGAAGGCUUCCUUGUCUUGGGACUGAGUGAAGGAUCUUUCUCUUCUAUGGCCCCUUUUUUAUUGAUGGCUUGAAUCAAUAUCCUGGAAUAAACUAGGUCUGCCAAUCUUAUAAUCAUGAGCAAAAGAGUAAGAAGAUCACUAAAGCUGGAGGCAAUUGGAAAAGAUAAACCUGCAGAGACUCCAUUAAAGAGACACCUCCAGGUUUAUCCAUUUUCCCCAACAACUGGAGCUUGCCCCUUACCCACCACUGUAAUUAAGGGAAACUAUGUUAGGCAAGAAGCAGAACAAGAUGCUGUGGCUGUACCAGAAAAAGCCAGCAGAGGGCAGCCUCUAACAGAUGGAAAUACAGAUGUCAUUGAGUUGUUUACAGAAAUGGAAAAGUCAUUGGGGGCCUUUUUGUCAAUGAGACAGAAACUGAAAACUCUUAAGACUUUGGAGGGCAGCAGAGAGCUUGAAAUUCUUUUUGGGUUCAGAGAGCCAUCCAGUGAUUUGAAGUCUGAAAUGCAGAGAGCGAAAUUUCUCAUUUCAGAAGCAAGAAAAAUGAAGAUGUCGCAAUAAACUCAAAAAAGAUGGAACGUUCCCCCCCCCCAUAUCGCACUUCCGGCUUCUAAUGGCGUUCUUAUGCUGAGGGGAUAUAAAUAUCCAGCUAUCCAGAUAUUACAAAUAUCCAGGUGCUUUGUAUGUGCUGAUGACAACAAAAUUGAAAAGAAAGACGGCAAUAAUUCUGACUGGUUUUCGCUGCAGAAGAUAUCGAUUAUUUGUGUGUGGUGAGAGAUUUGGAAAAUUCAAUUAAAGGAGUUGUGCAAAGGU